AAUGGGAUAUUCACAAUAGUAUAUAUGUCACGCACGUUAUCAUAGCAUUAUCCCCUUCCCUUCCCUUCUCUUCUCUUCGAUCCUUCGCAUGUCUAAUUAAUUGUUUAAGGAGAGACCAGCUCAUAAAGUCACAAAGAACAUUAUUGUCUAGUUCCAGGUUUUGUUGUUGUUGUUUCCUGAAAUUCCCCGAAGGAAUCGAAAUUGAAUCGAAGAGAGCGUGAUUUCUAGUAUCUUCAAGAAGGGCAUGGAGAGUGUGAAUGAUCUGAUCCAUGAGGCCAAGCUCCGCACUCUCUGGUGGGCCCUCUGUAUAUUUGCCGUUUCUUAUUUUCUAACUCAUACAAGUAAAUCAAUGUGGAUGAAUGUACCCAUGUCGAUCCUUUUUGUUGCGGGGCUGCGCAUUCUUUUCAAUAAGGUGGAGUUCCGUUGGAAGGUUCAACAGCCUAGAUCGCAGACUUAUCUAUCUCAUUUGGAGAAAAAACAGUUAUCCUCGAAUGAUCCGCGGCUAUCUAGUGUGACUCCCCCUGCAAAAUGGAAGAGGAAAAUUGAUUCUCCUGUUGUGGAGGCUGCGAUGAGCGAUUUCGUUGAUAAGAUAUUGAAGGAUUUUGUGGUUGAUUUGUGGUACUCAGAAAUUACUCCAGAUAAGGAGUUUCCUCAGCAGAUACAUGCAAUCAUCAUGGAUGUUCUAGCUGAAAUAUCAGGAAGGGUUAAAGACAUAAAUCUGGUUGAUUUGCUGACAAGAGACUUAGUUGAUUUAGUAGGUGAUCACUUAGAACUUUUCAGAAGAAAUCAAGCUGCUAUAGGUGUUGAUGUCAUGAAAACAUUAUCUUCUGAGGAAAGGGAUGACAGAUUGAAAUUCCAUCUGUUGAAUUCCAAGGAGCUUCAUCCAGCACUAAUAUCUCCUGAGAGUGAGUACAAGGUUCUUCAGCGGCUAAUGAGUGCUGUUAUAGCUACAGUACUGAGACAACGAGAAGCUCAGUGUCCUGUCAUUCGUUCUAUAGCUCGGGAACUUUUAACUUGUUUGGUAAUUCAGCCUAUUAUGAAUUUGGCAAGCCCUGGGUAUAUUAAUGAGCUGAUUGAAUCUCUUCUUCUUCUCCUUAAUGAUGAUGGUACAAAAGGGAUGGGCAGUUUUCAGUCGACUAAUGUAGCAAGUCAUCAUCAUGGUCAUUCUGUUGCUACUGAGGCUGGACACAACAAUAUCACAGCCUCUGAUAAGCAUCCAUCUUUGAAUCAAGGAACUGAUAUGAUAUUGGCUAAAAUGAACGAUCAGGGAGGAACGUCAUUACAAUAUAACACUAUCCAUCAUGAAUCUUCACAGGUCAGGCCAGUGGAUUGGGCACUAAUGUUGGAGGUUGCAACUCAGAGGAGAACUGAAAUUCUUAUGCCUGAGAAUCUCGAGAACAUGUGGACAAAAGGAAGAAAUUACAAAAGGAAAGAAAACAAAAUUAUCAAAACUGGAAUUCAGGAUCUUCCUGCAAAGAGUCCUGUUACAGACAGUUCACUGCCUCAUAGAAAGUUGGCUCAGGAAACAUCAACAAGUAAACGUGGAAAGUAUGAAGUUACAGAGGGGAAUUCUUCUCUGCCGCCAAUGCAUGCCUUGGGUUCAGAUGCCUUACAAAAUGUUGGAAGUGCAAAAAGUUCAGACACUUCUCAAAACCCUGAUAAGGAAUUAUCUUUUGCAGGAGAGCUUGGAGUUGAUAAAAUGGAAAGUAUAAGGGAUCUUGCUUCUGAUAGGUAUAAAAGUAUGCUAAAAAGGUCAAAUAGUGCUUCUGCCUUAGGAAACCAACCUAAUAAAGAAGGAGGCUCCAUAAUUUCAGAGUUUUACAACCCUGAAUUUGAGAGGCAUGGUGAAGGAUUUCGGACGAAGAGUUCUUCUGACAUGAUUGUUAAGAAAGAGGGGCCGUUAGUUCCUAAGCUUCGGUGCCGGGUUGUGGGAGCAUAUUUUGAGAAACUUGGGUCUACAUGUUUUGCCGUCUAUUCGAUUGCAGUGACUGAUGCGCAAAAUAACACUUGGUUUGUAAAAAGAAGAUACAGGAAUUUUGAGCGAUUGCAUCGGCAUCUUAAAGACAUUCCAAAUUACACAUUACAUUUGCCUCCUAAAAGGAUAUUUUCCUCAAGCACAGAUGAUGCCUUUGUACAUCAACGUUGCAUUCAGCUUGAUAAAUAUCUCCAGGAUCUCUUGUCAAUAGCUAAUGUUGCUGAACAACAUGAAGUAUGGGACUUCUUUAGUGUUUCCUCAAAGAACUACUCUUUUGGGAAAUCUUCUUCAGUGAUGAAGACCUUGGCAGUCAACGUCGAUGAUGCUGUGGAUGAUAUUGUACGCCAGUUUAAAGGGGUUUCAGAUGGUUUAAUGCGAAAGGUUGUUGGUUCAUCAUCUCUCAUAAAUGAGGGAUCAUCUACAUCUCCCGCAUGGAACUUGUCCUGGAAUGCAGAUGAAAUUGAUAAGAGUAUUCCAAGGCAAGGUGCUACAGAGAGUGUGUUAAGCUCUGAUAAUGAGGAAAGUGAAAAGAACAGCAAUUUUGACCAUGAGAAUAUUGAUAGAGAAGUCACACAAGAUAGUGGAUUGCAUUCCGACAAUACAUUGAUCUCAAAGGGUUACGCAUCACCAAUGAACAGCCAUGGUGGAGAGUCUGGCAACUUGGAUCUUGAUAGAAAGCGUGAUAUGGUGGUAGAAGCUAGGAUUGGCAAUGAUGUUCCUCCUACAAAUUUCAUUCUGAUUCAAGAUAAUUUGUUGGAUCCAGUUGGAGUGCCACCUGAGUGGGCCCCAGCUAACGUGAGUGUCCCCAUUUUGAAUUUGGUCGACAAUAUAUUUCAGCUUAAAAAAAGAGGCUGGAUAAGAAGACAGGUCUAUUGGAUAUCAAAACAGAUAUUACAGUUGGUGAUGGAAGAUGCAAUUGAUGAUUGGCUCCUGAGACAGAUUCAUUGGUUCCGGAGAGAGGAAACUGUUGCCCAAGGUAUUCGGUGGCUCCAAGAUGUCCUCUGGCCUGGCGGUACAUUUUUCUUAAGAGUAGGGACUCAGAUAAUCAGUGACGAUGAUCAAAAGGCUCCUCAAACAGUGAGUGGAUCUGGUGGAAGCAACACAAAACCUGACUCAGGGUCUUUUGAGCAAGAGCUUGAGGCUGCACGUAGAGCAAAUGACAUCAAGAAACUGCUGUUUGAUGGAGCUCCAACAACUUUAGUCAGCUUAAUCGGCCAUAAGCAGUACAGACGUUGUGCCAGGGAUAUAUAUUACUUUAGUCAGUCUACGACAUGUGUGAAGCAACUUGCUUAUGCAAUCCUGGAACUUGCACUUGUCUCCAUCUUCCCUGAGAUGCGGAAUGUCGUGUUGAGUAUUCACCAACCCGUAUAGAGUUAGUUUCCAUAUGUGACAUGUAGCAUGGCCUGCGCUAUGUGGCACAUGAAAUUGGGUGACCACGUUUUGGUUCUGUUCCCACCAUUGCUUUUAUGGCUUUGCUGGCUCAACAUGAUGAUAUGGGAACUCGGCGAUUGGUUUUGUAUCUACUAUGUCCAACUGUAUAAAACUUAGAUUUAGGACGUGUACAGAACAUUUAUUUUGUGGUUCCAUUGUGCUUUGUGAAGGCAUACCCCAUUUCCAUGGGGAUUUUGUAUUGUUACAGACUCGAGAAAGGAGAAAUGCAUCUAGUGAAUAUUCUUUAUUCGUUCAUCAUUUUUUUUAUUAUUAUUUGAUUAACUUUGUGUCCUCAAUAGAUACCAUAAUGUUUUCACUUUUCAGUACACAUUAUGGGAUAAAGACUUUUUAAGUUAGGGGGUUCGCACUUGGCAAGUGGCAACUGCACUGACCCUUGCUAGAGUGGGAUGGGCUUCUAUAUUUUUCAUUUCUCAUCUUAAUAAUGAGAAGUUUAUUUAAUUAUUUUAGGAUUGGUUACAUUAAUUGAGUUUUAUUAAUUUAAUAUUUACUUGGUAUGUAUAUUUUGAAAAUAUUAAGAUUGUGAUUGAUUAUUGAAUAAAUUUAAUUUCAGU